AUUAAAAUCCUAAAUUGCAAAAAAUUCAUUUUUUUGUGUUUUUGCAAAAAAUAUGUCUAAACCCUAAGUCUUGAUUAGUUAACCAUAAGAUUAUAAAUGUCUUUUUUCUUUUCUAAAAGUGGGAGUAAAAUUGGUUAGUGUAAACAUGAAAAAUUGUACUAUUAAUGUGGUAUUUUUGGUAAUUUUCCUCUGUUUAAACUUUUACAAAUCAUAUGAAUGAUAUCUCAUAAUGAGUUUUAAAAUUUUAGCUUAAAAUAACACUCAUCUAGAUGGCUCAUUGAGAUCAGUUUAAUUGGUGCAUCUGGAAGGAGAUGAACGUAUCCAAAUAACAAAUGAUAAAUUUAUCUUUAUUUUAAUAAAUAUUUAUAUUCAAGUUUAGACUUAUUUUUUGCAAAAACACUAAAAAUACAUUUUUUUGUAAAAACCGCAAAAAUUUAAUUUCCCGCCAAAACUGCAAAAAACAAAAUUUUGUCAAAACCGAAAAUGCAUUUUCCUAAAUACAUUUUUCUGUCAAAACUGAAAAAAUACAUUUACGAUAAAACCGCAAAACCUAUUUCUCUGCCAAAACCACAAAAACGCAUUUUUCGGCAAAACCACAUAACAUAUUUUUCUGCACAAAUACGUUUUUUCCGGCAAAAAAACCGUAAAACAUAUUUUUGCGCAAAACUAGAAAAUACAUUUUCCCGUCAAAAUUGCUAAAUACAUCAUAUAUAUAGAGAGCAAAAGUAUAAUAGUGUUUUGUUUUGGUAAACCUGAAAAUUCACCAAAAAUCUGUUUAUUUAAGUUUAAUCAUAAUCUAGUUUUCAAAGUUUUUUUUUUUUCUGUCAGAUUGGAUUUGUCAAAACCAGGAAUUAUUUUAAAUAAUGUUGUGUGUUAAAACAAUAAAGGCAUCAACAGAAAACUAAAGAGUUAUCGAUCGGCUUCGUCUCUCCGAACCCGAACCAACCAGUUAUCUUCAAAAUGCAGAAUGCAGCAGCAGUGGUGCCGCCAUCCUCCGUCCACCUGUUAUCCCUCUUCAGAUCCUCAGAAACAAUAGAAGAAGCUAAGAAGCUUCACUGUUUAUCUCUUAAAACCGGAAGUUUCGAUCACCCUCCCGUCUCCUCCCGCCUACUCUCGCUCUACACUGCCCGACCUAUCAACGACCUAAUCUACGCUCGCUCAGUUUUCGAUAGGAUCCAGAGCCCUUCUCUACCCUUAUGGAACAUGAUGCUCAAAUGCUAUGUCGAAAACCAUCGCUCCCACGAAGCAAUCUGUUUAUUCUCUCAUCUCCUCAGUGAAUUCUCGCCGGAUAACUUUACACUGCCUUGCGUUUUAAAGGGCUGUUCUCGUUUGUGUGCGGUCGAAGAAGGAAAGCAAAUUCAUGGAGUUUCGGUGAAGCUUGGUCUCACCUUGGAUAAGUUCGUUCAGAGCAGUUUAGUGAGUCUCUACUCCAAAUGCGGAAUGCUUGAUUGUGCACGCAAGGUGUUUGACAAAAUGGGUGAGAGAGAUUUGGUCACCUGGAACUCUUUGAUUGAUGGUUAUGCUCGUAGCGGCCAUGUUGAAAUUGCAAUGAAGCUGUUCGAUGAAAUUCCCGACAGAGAUUCGUAUUCCUGGACUGCCUUGCUUCACGGGUUCUCGAAAUCAGGGAAAGUCGAGGCUGCUAGAGAUGUGUUUGAUAAGAUGCCAGCAAAGAACUUGGUGUCUUGGAACGCGAUGAUCAACGGGUAUAUGAGGUCAGGGGAUUUUGAAUCAGCUCGUGACCUGUUUAAGAUCAUGCCUGAGAGGAAUUUGAUCACGUGGAACACAGUUAUUGCCGGAUACGAGGUAAAUGGUCGGUUUCAAGAAGCUUUGAGUAUGUUCGUCAGAAUGUUAGAAGAGGAAGAUGAUCUGAAGCCUAACAAUGCAACAUAUACAAGUCUGAUCUCUGCGGUGGCUGCAUCCGCUAUUCUUAGCACAGCAAAAUGGGUUCAUUCUUACAUGGUCAAGAAUGGGAUUGGAUCCGAUGGUGUGAUGGGAACUUUACUGAUCGAAAUGUACUCCAAGUGUGGAUGCCUCGAGAGUGCUUUAACUACAUUCAGAUCAAUACAUAGACAGAAGUUGGGUCAUUGGAACUCGGUUAUUGUAGGACUAGGGUUGCACGGGAUGGCGGAUGAAGCAUUGGAUCUAUUCAAACAGAUGCAAGAAAGUGGCAUCAAGCCCAACGCAGUGACCUUUGUAGGGUUGUUGAACGCUUGUAGUCACGUUGGAUAUGUAGAUGAAGCUCGUUUCUACUUUGAUUUGAUGGUAAAAGAGUAUAAAGUUGAGCAUAAAAUUGAGCAUUACGGUUGCCUAGUUGAUGCGUUAUGCAGGACUGGGAAUCUCCAAGAUGCAAAAACUAUUAUUCAAAAAAUGCCAAUGAGACCAAACAAAGUAAUCUGGAUGAGCCUUUUACGCGGGGCCAGGAACUAUGUAGAUAUAGAGAUGGGCGAGUACGCAGCGCUUCAGUUGAUAGAUUUAGCUCCAGAGUCCCAUGUUCCUCUGUCGAAUAUGUAUGCAGCUGCGGGAAAAUGGGAGAAAGUUUCGGAAGUCAGAGAGACUAUGAAGAAGAAAGGAAUCAAGAAGGAAGCAGGAUGGAGUUUGAUUGAGCGAAAAGGUGUGAUUCACAGAUUUUUUGUAAGAGACAAAUCGCAUCCACAAACAGAGGAAAUAUAUGCAAAGUUAAAGGAGAUGAGGGAGAAGCUGAAAGCGGCGGGACACAUCGCGGAUACUAGACAGGUCCUGUUGCGGAUAGAAGACGAGAAAGAGAAAGAGGUUGAACUGGAGUUGCAUAGUGAGAGAUUGGCUAUAGCUUACGCUCUAAUCAACAACAGCAACAGUCCAAUAAGGGUUCUGAAAAACCUAACGGUAUGUAAUGAUUGUCAUUCUGUAACUAAGUUGCUAUCUCGUAUCUAUCAACGAGAUAUCAUUGUGAGAGACAAUAGUAGAUUCCAUCACUUCAGAGCCGGAUAUUGUUCAUGCAAUGACUUCUGGUGAUUGGAUUUACUUCUUUGUUCAGAGACAUGUAUCAUAUUUUACUAUUCGAACCCAUUGGAUCGUCUUCCAAAAUUAUCAUUCAUUAUAUAUAAUAAACAUUUAUAUAUCAGAUUAUUCA